AUGGUAUCGCCUUCUUCCUCUGGGCUACUGCCUCUCCCAGGCACGCCGGGAUCAUCUUGGGCCCUCUACAAAGCACGUUUCAAAGGCCUCUUUGAAGGCGCAGAUAAUUCCGUCUUGAUCGCGUUCUGGUUAUUCGGCCUAAUCAACAACGUCUCCUAUGUUAUAAUCCUCACCGGCGCCCUCGACCUUGUUGGCGCAUCGACCCCCAAAUCCCUUGUCCUACUCCUCGAUGUCCUCCCCUCCUUCCUCACGAAACUCUUCGCCCCUUAUUUCAUUCACCGCAUACCCUACCACAUCCGCAUCUUAUCUUUCACAGCCCUCUCUGCAACCGGCAUGUUCCUAAUCGCCCUGACCCCCUCUUCCGUCCCUAUAAAGCUCUUCGGCGUCGCGCUAGCAAGCUUGAGUAGCGGAGGGGGAGAGUUGAGCUUUCUAGGCCUGACGCACUAUUACGGCCCAUUCAGUCUCGCGGCAUGGGGCAGUGGAACGGGCGGUGCGGGACUGGUUGGUGCGGGAUUGUAUGUGUUUUUGACAGGGACGCUGGGGUUGAGUGUACGGACUAGUUUGUUAACUUGUGCAUGCUUGCCAUUUAUCAUGCUCAUUGCUUUCUUCCUGAUCCUACCUCUUGCACCGCUACGAAGAGCGUCAAGAAUGAGAGAAUACUCCGAGAUACCAACUGAGGAGCAGAGCCGGGAUUACGACGGUGAAGACAUAUCACACCUUCCCAUCGACGCAGCGUCUCAAUCUUUACUAGCACCAGGCCCUUCCAUUGCAGCAGAAGCCUACUCCACUCUCUCCCCCCGAGCACGGUCUCCACUGCGCAAACAGCACAAAUCAACCCUCCUCACCAACCUCCACCGCGCCAAGCUCCUAGUAAUACCCUACAUGCUCCCCCUCCUCCUUGUCUACAUCGCCGAAUACACCAUCAACCAAGGCAUAUCUCCCACCCUUCUCUUCGACCUCCCCUCCACUCCCUUCACCAGCUUCCGCCAAUUCUACCCAACCUACACCCUGACCUACCAACUCGGCGUCUUCGUUGCCCGCUCCUCGACCCCCUUCAUCCGCUUGCACUCCCUCUACCUUCCUAGCCUCCUCCAAUGCGCCAACCUCGUCAUUCUCCUCACCCAAUCCCUCUACGCUUACAUCCCCUCCGUCUACAUCAUCCUCGCGCUCAUCUUCUGGGAAGGCCUCCUUGGCGGCGCCGUCUACGUCAACACCUUUGCUGAGAUUAUGCAGAACGUCCCUGAGGAGGAGAGGGAGUUUAGUCUCGGCGCGACUAGUGUUUCUGACAGUGCGGGUAUUUGUAUAGCCGGAUUUAUUGGAAUGGUGCUUGAGGGGUUCUUGUGUGAGAGGCAGACUGUCACUUAUGAAGGCGAGACACUUAAAUACAUCACACUGGCUUCGAUUUACAACGAAAUCAUCACUAUGGCUCCUGAAGAUCCAGAACCGAAUGCUCUUAUAACACUCCAUUCAAAUGAGAAGCCAGCUACCACUAGCUCCGGUAAUAAAGCUGAGAGAGGAAACAACACAACGUUCGAUCUUCAGAAGGCUUUCUGCAGAGCUACAAUUCAAAAUUUGGAAGAUGGCUAUUCAUGUCCCUCGCAUUAUUCACGCUUUCGUCGCGAACUUCUUUGGAUACUUUGGCAAUAUUGUUGA